GGAAGUAGUAAAAGUGGAUCGUUUUCUGGAUUCUGGUUUCGCUCUCGUGGCCGAAAGGCCCGAAACCAACUACGUAGGCACAGAGGUCCUUUGAGUUUGAGGUCGUCUCUCUGUGCCUCUCUUUCUCUCUCUCUUCUUACCCUCGUCAAGAGGAAACUUUCUGAUUUCUGUCGACAAAAAAUCAUAAUUUUCUAUUUAUUCCGACUUCUUCGUACAGAGAAUUUCUUUUUAUUUUUAAGGCUUCUAGCCUACAGCGAGAACUCAUAGAUAUAGUAUGAGCACAUGUGGGUCGAGACGACCUCUGAAAGGAUACGUGAGGGACACUCGGCGAAGGAAGAUGGUACUGGACGUGGACCUCAACGAUACACCUCCCGGUGAAACUAGGAUUCAAGCGGAGAUAUCUGCUGGUCUCGAUCAUCAGGAAAUAGGAACUAGUCAUCGAGGGAGAGGGGUUCUACCACCUGCUACGAUUGAUGUUGAGGCCAUUGAUGAUGAAGUUGUGAUAUCGUCCCCCAGGAGCUUUGCUGAAGCUAGGAACAAGUCCAGGAGGAGUCAAGGGGUAAUGGUAAUUCUUGACGAAGAUUCAGAAGUUCAUCAAGGUCACUCGGAGGAACCAAUCACUCAGUUGGCUCUUAAUAGCUACAACAAGCGCAGAAGAGUUCCAUCAAACCAGAGAAUUAUUAACUGUGAGCUUUACAUAAACUUGGAAGGCAACCACAAUGCAAAGAGAAAGAAUGAUUUUAAAUCUCCAGAACUGCCACAGAGUGCGCCACCACCAAAAGAACCCACCUUCAAUUGUCCAGUUUGCAUGGGCCCACUGGUUGAGGAGAUGUCGACUAAAUGUGGCCACAUCUUCUGUAAGAAGUGUAUCAAGGCCGCUAUACAAGCUCAAAGUAAAUGCCCUACAUGUAGGCGAAAGCUGACUAUGAAGGACAUCAUAAGGGUUUAUCUUCCAGCCACCAGUUAAGUUGACCAUAUUGCCAAACAGAAAGAAUUGUAUAAGUUGGUUUCUUGUUUUCUUUUUUGCCCCUUUUGUCUUUUGGCCCCUUUUUUGGUAGUCUCAGAUGCUCAGAUGCUGUGUUUGAGCAAAUCCCAAGCACAGAGGACAGGUGGGUUCAAUUGAUAACUUUGUUCAUGUCAUUGCGCAAUCUGUUUCAUGUAAAGUUAAACAUAGAAUGGAUAAAAAUCAUUGAGACAUCUAAGUUUUCUUGUUAUACUUGAUUGCUUAAAAGAGGAAAUGCGGACCUGUUACUUGUUUGA